UUUUAAAAUUUCGGAUUUGAAUAUCUUCCAAAGUACAGUGUUAUUAAAUUUGUUUCCAAACCUUUUUUAUUUAAAGUUGAAAACAAACGCGAAUGUAAAUUAAGUUGAUCGUUUAGUUACCGAGAUUGUUUUGUGGUGUAAUGCAACCUUACCUAAUGUAACGUAACUUAUGCCAGCCGGGUUGUUACAUAAAUUCUGGAUGCAACACGAUAUCCAUUUAACGUAGACAUUCAUAUUAUUUCUCAGUUAUAUUUAUGGGAUAAAAUACGACAUAAAUAUUAUAUUUGAUCGGUAUGUUUUGCUAUACAUUGUUUAAAAAUCAAAUACAAAAAAGUUGUUGGUUGGUUUUUUAGGCAUUACUACAUAAAAUUCUGUUAUUGUAACAGUAUUAAGGAACUUUAAUAAUUACACUAGCCGAAAAGACUGCUAUAAACUAAAAUACAUUACAAACAAAUAUAAGUAUCUAAAUUUCUAUAUACCGUAAAUUCAAUAUGAAGUGCAAUGAUUACGUUUAAUCUGCUUUAAAAGCUUUAUGUAAUACAGUAUUUGUGUACCUUUUGGUGAAGCGUAUUUUUGCAAUUAACUAACGCUUUGACCAAAUGCUGAUUUUUCCGUAACAAGGUAUGACAUUUAAGCGAUAGUAUACUUUUAUGUAACAUAGCAUUUAGCUGGGAGCUAUUACGUUUUAAAGAUUUAAUGAUAAGCGAGUUUAUUGAAAAAGUAACCGCUUCUAGCAUUGACAUAAGUAAGGUUGUUGAAAUAGGAUCAAUGAGCUUGGACAGCGCAAGAUCGUGAGAUAAGAACAACAAUGACGCAUAGUGACAUUUCUCAGUGAAUACCAUUGAUAAAACAGUGAAGUUUCUUGAACUUUUGGAGUGUCAUUAGUGAGGUUUACAUACACGAAAAGAAUUCGAAUUUAGAAAGGAUUUACAUUAAUGUUACAGUGACCUAAGUAGAGUUAAGACGAGACACAGUUCUAAAAGUGAUUGUAUAAUAAACAGUGGCAUUAAAAUCUUCAGCAAUGAUUGUGGAAGAUUUGGAGCACUAUACACCGAGACGCAACUGCGACUGUUAACAUGUCACAGCGUCAUUCAUCGCCUCUCUCAACUAAGCAAGCUAUGCACAGAAGCAAACCACCAGAUUGGUACAAAAGGCUUCCAUACACAGUCUCACUAGGACACCAAAGAGUAAUAACUAUAGAAAAUAGCGGAAUAGAAGAUAGGAGAAUCAAAGAAAAGGAAUAAAAGUAUAAAUAUACUAAAGAAGAAGAACCGUAGUUAAAAUACACAUUGAAAGUUUAAACAUAUACGCUAGCCAAUGAAAAAAUUAAUAUCAUCGGCGAGAAAUAGAAAUACAAUACAUCCCAUAAACGGUAAUUCUAAACAUCAUAAAAAUCGAAAGUAGAUUAGAUUGAAUAGUAUAAUUAGAGGCAGAGUUACAGCAGAAAACAAUGGGUAUCACUGUUUUAUUAGCGUCAACAGCUCUUAAAACGGUGAGCGUAACUGGCCUAUGGUUGAUACCACUUUUGUUAGGAGCUUUCACAUAUCACAAUUACAAUUCAUACGACCCUGAAGCCAAAGUUCUAGACAAGGAGCCGAGGAAAGAAUACGACUUCAUCGUAGUUGGAGGAGGAUCUGCAGGGGCAGUGGUCGCAAACCGGUUGACAGAAGUAAAAAAUUGGAAUUUACUUUUAUUAGAAAGUGGACCCGAUGAGAACGAGAUCACAGACGUCCCUUCGUUAGCGGGCUACCUACAGUUAACGAAGCUGGACUGGCAGUACAAAACCGAACCCACUUCUUUCGCUUGCCUUGGUUUCAAAAAACAAAGGUGCAGCUGGCCGAGGGGCAAGGUUCUUGGCGGGUCCAGCGUUUUAAACUAUAUGAUUUACGUCAGAGGAAACAGAUACGACUUCGACCAAUGGGAAUCCUUUGGUAAUCCUGGCUGGGCAUACAGAGAUGUACUCAAAUACUUUAUCAAAUCAGAAGACAACAGAAAUCCCUAUUUGGCUAAAAGUAAAUACCACGGACGAGGAGGCUUUUUAACCGUUCAAGAAGCUCCUUGGAGAACACCUCUAGUAGCAGCCUUCGUUGAAUCAGGUGUUGAAAUAGGAUAUGAAAAUAGAGAUAUUAACGGAGAAUACCAAACAGGUUUUAUGAUAGCGCAGGGUACUAUAAGGCGAGGGUCAAGAUGUAGUACAGCAAAAGCCUUUUUGAGACCUGUAAGGACACGUAGAAAUCUUGAUGUAUCUCUCAAUUCACAAGCAACGAGAGUCCUAAUUAAUCCAGUAACAAUGAAGGCAUACGGUGUUGAAUAUGUAAAACAUGGCAUUAAAAAAGUCGUGUACGCAAGAAAGGAAGUUAUAUUGUCAGCUGGUGCUAUUAAUAGUCCCCAAUUAUUGAUGUUGUCUGGAGUGGGUCCAAAAGAUCAUUUAAAAGAUGUAGGAAUUCGGGUCUUGAAAGAUUUACCGGUAGGAGAAAAUUUGCAAGAUCACGUAGGUGCUGGAGGUUUAACAUUUCUAGUCGAUAAACCAGUUGCUAUUGUUCAAAAUCGCUUGCAAGCUUUUCCAGUUACAAUGAAUUAUGUUGUUAACGAAAGAGGGCCAAUGACAACAUUAGGAGGGUUAGAGGGUGUAGCAUUUGUAAAUACUAAAUAUGCAAAUAGUACAGGUUUGUGGCCUGAUAUUCAAUUUCACAUGGCUCCUGCCUCAUUUUCAUCAGACAAUGGACAAAUUGUAAGGAAAAUUUUGGGUCUGACUGAUGAAAUAUACGACACAGUAUACAAACCCAUAGCAAAUAAAGACGCUUGGACCAUAAUGCCUCUUUUAUUACGUCCAAAUACAAGAGGUUACGUUAGGUUAAAGAGUUCAAAUCCAUUUGACUACCCGAUAAUGAAUCCGCGAUAUCACGAAGAUCGUCUAGAUGUAAAUCGUCUCGUCGAGGGUAUUAAAAUUGCUUUAAAAGUAGCCAACGGAUCGCCUUUUAAGCAAUUCGGAUCGAGGUUGUAUAUGAAACCGCUUCCAAACUGUAAGCAUUUUAAAUUUAUGUCAGACGAAUAUAUUGAAUGCCAAGUAAGAACAAUAAGUAUGACAAUAUACCACCAGUGUGGAACAGCAAAAAUGGGACCAUCUUGGGAUCCUGAAGCAGUUGUUGAUCCGAGAUUACGUGUACACGGUAUAGAAGGACUUAGAGUUAUAGACGCUAGUAUAAUGCCAACUAUUGUAAGUGGUAAUACUAACGCAGCUGUUAUAAUGAUCGGUGAAAAGGGAUCUGACUUAAUAAAAGAUGAUUGGUUGCAAAGAAAAAGGUGACGAAGGAUAAAUUAGUAGAAUAUAAGCAAUAUUUGUACCUGUAUUUUAUAAAUAAAGAUAUUUGUUACCGAAGACCAAAAUAUUAUAAAUUAAGGAAGAAGUUUAAAAAUGUUAUACCAUUUGUGUAAAAGUCACAACAGUACCAAAAGGAAUGGAUGAUGUAAAGCAAAACGUGGAAACUAUUAGUAAAUUUAGCAAAAAAAUAUUUCAUGUAUAAAAAACAUUUUUUACUACAAAUAAAAUACUGUUCACUAAAUUUUUUAAUGUACAUAUCGCUAUAUUCAAUAUUGUGUUUUAAUGUUGAUUAAUAUGUGAGUGCCAUAAGUAUAAAAUAUUUAUUUUAUACUGAAUUUUUUUUAAGAUUUUUAAUGUUGUUCAAUAAAAAUCUUAAAAAAUAUAUAUUAUAGCAGUUGUUGUGCAAGUUUCGAAUAUUUUUAACGAACUUAAACAAAAAGCUAAACAAAGGGUCAAACUUUUUCAUUACAAAAAAAAGUAUGACACUCGUACUACUCGUACGUAUGAGUGUCGUACUUUUAGUUUUUUUUUUAAUUAAAAUUUCAUUAAAUUAAUGCCAGCCACAAGUCAAGUCUCCAACGCUCCAAGUCUAGAGAUGUGGGCAGUGAAAAUAAUUAUACUUGACCGUGUGUGGCUGAAUUUACACUACGUAAUUCUCCAGAUUUGUCACUCUGAAUUCUAAUAAAAUCCGUCAGCGACGCUAGUCCAUUGUUUUGAGUGGAAAACCUUUGUUUGCCUAGUUAUCUUUGACUAGCUAUUGAGUUAAAUCGAAAAUAACAAACAAACGAAACAUUCAAUCUUACCUCUGUAUAAUAUUAUUUGAGAGAGUUUUAUAAAUAGUGUGUGAUAGUGUGCAUCCAUAUUUUCAUUAGAACUAUUUAUUUUUAAAAUAAAAACUGUGUAUUUACAAUUCAAUUAAAACUAAGAUUUCGUGUUAAUUUAAGUGUUUAGUAAUGUUGUAGAACAAUAAAACUGUUGUAAUUGUUUACAA